CCCUACGAGAGGAAACUACACACAGACAAGGACGUAGCAGAUGACAUCACAAGACGAGGCUGGCCCUUCAACGCCCAAGCAGCCAUUUCAGACGGAUGUGCGAAGGACUCGCGGCUUACAAGCAGGGCAAAUCCUUCUCGGCCGCAGACAGAAUGUCACAUCAGCCUACGAUGGUGACGGCUCAUCAGCCUCGGCGUCGUCUUCUUCGCUGCGUGACCUUAAGGAAGAAGAGGAGAGACUCAACAAGCGCAUAGACGACAGCGUCAGGUCAUUAGAAUCGGGAAUGGUCGACCUCAUCCAAUCGUUUCGACUAGGGGACAAGUCUGUUGCAAGGGCAGAGCAGGAACGCUUCACUGCAGAAUAUCGCGCUGAUCAAGUCGUACGGGCAACAUCGUCGUUAGCUGCUUUGGGUAGAGCUCUGCAGCUCAGUCUACUCUUGAGUCAGGCAAAAGAGGCCAGAGAUCGUCAAGACGAAGAGAGGCGUCGCCUCUCUGACGAGACGAAUGAAUACAAGAAGAGGUGCGGUGUGCUUCUGGGCCACGUCUUCGAUGUCGGCGAUGGCGUCAACCAAUUGCCACAGCAAGUCUCGCUAGAUCUAGGCAACAAGACUGACAUCGAGUCCAUCAUAGCAGCGACUGCGGCGGCAGCAGCAGCGGCACCACCACCAGCAUCAGCAGGCAAUGACGGCGGCCAGGCAUCAGCGCAGAUCCCUUGGCAGAGCCAAGAAGGGCAACCAACGCAAGGCCAAAGCGCUGCGGGUCAGCAAGCUGCAAUGGACAUGUUGACGAACUCACUGGAGGCAGCGUCUGAUCAGCAGGUGGACAACGCACCAGGCGAUGUACAACAACAGCACGAGGUAGCGACGGGCCACACCAGCGGGCAGGAGCGAGGCGUCAUUGGCGGCAAAGGGCAGAAUGAGGAUGUGGGCGAGGAUGACGAUAUGGAAGAGGUGAUAUGAAUGCGCAAGCGUCUAAUGUUACAAAGCGGCGAUGGUAGUUGUGGUUAUUCUUCGCCUCCCCUCUAGUCAUCGUCAUCGGAUGCUGAUGGCCUGCGCAUGUACCAAUCGAUGGCGCCCGAGAAGCCAGCAAAGGCCAAGCCUCCUCCUACUAUGGCCUGUGGACCCGCGUUGCGAGCUAGAAUCCCUCCAGCGAGGAAACCUGCAAGCACCGGGUUAGUGAGGUCGUUCUUUGCUCGAAACCCUUCAAUGCAGCACUCUAUACCAGCAUAUAGGGCUCCCACCUUGCCAAAUCCUUUGCCACUCCUGUACAUUUGCUUUCCUGUCUCCUUG